GAGAACCAGGGAGGGUCUUGUCUGAGACACUUGCUCAGGUUACAUUUCUGUUCUGGACUCAGGUUUCUUUUAUCUGUUGUCUUGGUAAUGGCUGUUCCUCCUGUUCCUCAAGGUCGUUCCUUCUACCAUUACAGGAGCAUUUAGACUCCCAUCAUCCUCUGCUCCAUGGCCUAUGGGGUGCCAAUGGAGGUCUUGCCCAUUGCAAGAGACUGGCCAUGUUCCCAAAGAGUUACACAAUGCAGGUAAUGGGUGGCCACAGAUGGAGUCCCCCUCUCCUACUAAACUGCAUUGUCUCAUCUGGUGCCCAAAGAUGCACCAUGCUGCAACUGCCACAAUUUUGAACCAGGGAUAGCCAAUCACUACGCAGGCUAAGAACUCUGGGAGUUGUAGUGCAAGGCAUUCAGGAGGCCCAGGGCAAAGGAGGCUCUUUCAAACCCCGAUUGUGGCACAUGAGCUCUUGACUGCAGCCACAGCCUCAAAAUGUCCCCUGGUUGCAGAUUCCAUGAUCUAAAACGUCUCUGUGGCAGGCACCAGGGGGUCCUUGUGCAUCUGGGCAGUCUCGAAGGAGGUUGUGCUUCAUCAUGUUGUCUUCUUUCCUUCCGUAGUUGAUGGUGGAGGAUGGCUCCUCUCCCGGGGGUGGAAUUGGUGAAGAGCCCUUUGCAGUUGUACCGCUACCUGCUCCGUUGCUGCAGGGUUCUUCCUGAAAAGAACCUCCAGGAUCAUUACAAGCACACAAUCCGGCAGAGCUUCAAAGUUCAUGUCGAUGAAGACAGUCCUGAGAGGAUCCAGCAGAUUAUCAAAAGGGCCAUCGAAGAUGCUGACUGGGUAAUGGACAAAUAUAAGAAACCAAAGUAAGGGAGAAACGGUUGGUGGAAAAGUGAAGAUUGUUUCUUAAAACAAUUGGACUGAAGAAACCAGUUUGCGACAGUAGCCGGCUCCUGGGAACCCCGCUGCUUUCUGUGAUUGUAAAAUGCAAGAGGACAAACUCAAAUUCAACUAGCUGCUGGCAUUUAGGAACUUCUUUGCUACUGGUGAUCAGCCUUUAAUAGAUGAGGGACAAGCUAUCUCAAGCGACUGAUCUUUAGCGGUUGAAUUUUCUGAGCUGAAAUGACAUGGCCUCUACAGGGCUCGGAGCAGGAGCCAUCGUGAAGUUGCAUUUCCACAAGACGUAUGCCACAUUUCCACAGGAUUUAUAUCUAAGCUCUGCUGUUGAACCUAGUUUUUGUUGGUAGCAUGCAGGAAAAUGGGUUAAUUUUGGAUCUAGGGCUGCUGUUUACACUAGAAACUAUUAAAAUCAAGUUUUGAUUUGCUACAGCUGCUGCUUAGUCCAUUUCCUAGAGAUACUAUGUGGCAUAGAUUCAACCUUCCCAUUCACAUCUGUGGAACAUCCAGGCUUAUAUUUUAAGAAAUGGCA